UAUCGAGUCCCUAGACUUUACUAAGACUGGACCAAGCAUCUGAGAGACGGCCUAGUUUACGUUCGCAUUUGAAGCUUUCUUCAGCCAUAAGCGUGCGCUCUCAUUGGUGGAGGUACUUAGGCGACGCUAAGCGCUCGGCUACAUACAGGCUCCGCUCGAUAAGCACUCGACGAGCAGCCCCGACUUCUAGAAAUGGCUCCACUAGAGUAACCAUUUCCCGGACGUCCACCCCAGCCAUCCACCUCACGCCAAACGUUACGCCGUAAGUAACUGAUUCUCAGUUGUAAUGGAACUUCUGGAGGAAUAUACAAACAUAUCUUACAUCCCGUCUGAACCGUGCAACAAUUUCCAUAACUUCGACAUCUAUAUUCCGAAACAAUACGAGCCACGGAAUACCUCGGAUGAACAACCUCGUGGUCCACACACCAUAUCCCCUCUAGUUUGUUUCAUACAUGGAGGUGCAUGGAGAAGCGAAGAUAAGCUCGAUCAUGCCGGAUUGGCUCGUAGACUCGCGAGUUUCACUGGAUACGCAGUGGCGGUCACAAAUUACCGCCUGUCCCCUCGGGAAACGACAGAAGCCAAUGCAAUCCACCAUCCCGAUCACGUGAAGGAUGUUCUUCGCUUUCUUGAAUUUGUUAUCACCUGGGGAGGCCCGCAUGACAUCAGCGUCUAUGACCCAAACAGAUUAUGUUUGAUGGGACAUAGCUGUGGUGCUCAUAUAUUGUCAUCAAUCUUCCUCGAGGCUAAACGAGGCGAGGACCCUUUGUGCCCACCAGCCAAGCUUCUCGAAAGUACAAAGGCCAUAAUCACAUCAGAGGGGAUAUAUGACAUCGAUCUCCUUCUCUCGAGUUUCCCUGCUUACAGGGCUUGGUUCAUCGAGGCCGCAUUUGGUCGGCGGAGUACUUACGAGGAAGCUUCAGUCACGAAGAUGAUCCCGAGGGUGGCAUACCACCACUUGCAUUGGUUAAUCGUGCAUUCCAAAGGUGAUACUUUAAUUGAUGAAGCUCAGAGCGAAGCAAUGUAUCAGCAUUUACUUCACAAUAUUCCUCAUGCCACGAGGAACUUUGGUGAACUCAAGGAAGAGCAUAAUGCUGUACUAACAGGCGGAGAAUUUGUGCAACUUGUCGGACAAUACAUU